AUGAUAAAAAGUAUCAUCGCCGCCCUUGUUCAGUUUGUUGCAUCUGCUGACAGCUUUCUCCUUCCCUUCAGGUCCCUUUACAAAUUUGGACGUACCCUAGGUGCUGGCACUUACGGCAUUGUCCGCGAGGCCGAGACGAACGACAACAAGAAAGUGGCAGUGAAAAUCAUUCUCAAGAAGAAUGUUCGCGGAAACGAGGACAUGGUCUACGACGAGCUCAAGAUGUUGCAAAAGCUGCAACAUCCCCAUAUUGUCUCUUUCGUGGAUUGGUUUGAGUCAAAGGAUAAAUUUUAUAUUGUGACCCAGCUGGCUACUGGUGGCGAGCUGUUCGACCGGAUUUGUGACUACGGCAAGUUCACUGAGAAGGACGCUUCUCAAACCAUUCGCCAGGUGCUUGAUGCCGUGGACUAUCUGCACAAGCGAAACAUUGUCCACCGAGAUCUGAAGCCAGAGAACCUCCUUUACCUGACUCGUGCUCCCGACUCUGAGCUCGUCCUGGCAGAUUUCGGUAUUGCUAAGAUGCUGGAUAGCCCCUCAGAGGUACUUACCAGCAUGGCUGGCUCCUUUGGCUACGCUGCUCCCGAGGUCAUGCUCAAGCAGGGUCACGGUAAAGCCGUGGAUAUGUGGUCUCUGGGUGUGAUCACCUACACCCUUCUCUGUGGUUACUCUCCCUUCCGUGCCGAGAACUUGAACGAUCUGAUUGAGGAAUGCCGUGCCGGCCGCGUCAUCUUCCACGAGCGUUACUGGCACGGUGUCUCUCAAGACGCCAAGGAAUUCAUUCUGAGCCUUCUUCAAUGUGACCCCAGCAAGCGGGCCACCUCUGAAGAGGCUCUCAAGCACAUUUGGCUCACUGGAGAAUCCGCCAGUGACCGUGAUCUGUUGCCCGAAAUCCGUGCCUACAAUGCGCGUUCUCGUCUCCGCCGUGGUAUUGAGAUCAUCAAGCUUGCCAACCGUAUUGAGGCUCUCAAGAUGCAAGAGGAGGACGGAGAGGAUAUCCCCUCCGUCGUCCCGGUGGGCGAGUCUGGAGAGGCCGAAAUUGCAGAGCUGGCAGAUGUGUCAGAUGUUGCACCAGCAGAUGGAGAUGCCAAUGUCUCCACUCAUGCCAAGAAGCACAGCCUGGGCAAGAUUGCCUCUGGUGCUAUCUUCCGUGAAGUGGUACUGGCAAAGGUACGUGAGGCCAAGGAACAAGAAGAGCGAGAAAAGGUUGAGCGUGAGGCUCGUGAAAGGGCUGGCAAUCCUUGA